CAACAAAUGGCACAAGGCAAAACUAGGCUUGCCCACAAAAAAUCUUCAGGAGGGCGUUCCGACAACGGGAAGUAUGCCAAAAAGGGCCGUCGAGUAGUCGCUCCAAAGGCAGCAGCAGCUGUCAAGCAACAUGCCUUACAGAAGAAACUCACUGCGAAGAUUGGCAGCUCCAUUGAGAAGCAAAUGGUUGCCGCCGCUUCUUCCGGAAAGCUCACAAUAAUGAAGAACGUCCUUGAUCAGCCGAGUACCUCGAAAACAAGCAGCAAGGAUUCAGUUAAGAGAAAGUAAUUCCCACGACCAGUAUAAAUAUUGGAGACUCUCGCUUGCUGUCACACUGCAGUCUCAGCAGACACGACCCCGUGCCCAUGUCAGCAUUUGUAUCCACCAGGCCGCAACAUGAUCAAGGUGUUCAGUUCCUCAUGAGGUAUGAUGUUGCAAUGAAAAUGAAAAUGCUCUUUGUAAUUAUGCGGACCAAGCGUAAUAAGUAUAGG